AUGAGGAGAGACGAUACGAUGGUAUUGGACAUCUUUGGUAGACAGCCCGAUGCUCCUCUGUCCCCUUGCGGACAGCGAUGGCUCCUCUGGUGUCAAAUGCAGAUGGCAGCGAGUCCUCCGUUCCCUGCUCCCUCCCCAAACAUGACGAACGGCAGCAGGCUCCGACCUCUUGGUGGAACGGUGCAACUCCCCUCCGCGCUUCCCUCUCGGACAGCAGCCACCCCUCCUAGACCCAGGAGCAUGACAACGAGCCCUCGCGUCCCACCGUCGUCUUCCAUUGUUUCCAGCACUACUGCCUCGGGCAGCCAUUGGUGGUCUCCGCUUCUUCCUGCUGCUGCCUAUCUCCUCAGUGCCUUAACUGAUGACCGGCACACUACGUUCAGCACCCCCAUGGCCUGGAUCCUCGUGCUGGCUCUCAUCGUAACCUGGUCGGCCGUGGCGGUCAUUAUGUUUGACCUGCUCGACAGCAAGGGUCUUGAAGGACCUCAGCCACACCGUGUCAGGAAAACAUUUAAGGAAGCAGGCAGCCUUAGAGGGGGUAUUCAGCACAUCAGCUCUGAUCCCAUGAAGGCGGUGAACGAAGCCAUGGACGACUCAACCGAUUGGAUAACAUCAAUCUUGAAUUUUAUGACUAAUUUGGUAGCACCGGAAGAGGAGGAGGAGGAAGGUGAGCGUCAUUUUGUGAGGAAAAAAGGAGAAUUCUUGCCACCGAGGAAAAAAGUUGCAGAGAUACGGGCCAAGGAGAUGUUAGAAGAGGAAGGGGAGUAUGAGGAGGAAGAGGAAGAGGAAGAGGACGAGGAGGAGGAAGAUGAGGGGCUUGCUGAAGAAGAGGAGGAGGAGGAGGAGGAAGAAGACGAAGAGUAUGAGGAUGAAGAUGAAGAAGAAGAGGAAGAAGAUGGUGAUGAGAUCGAGGAGGAGGAAGAAGAGGACGAAGAAGAAGAAGAAGACGAAGAAGAGAAGGAAUUAGCAGAGGAAGCUGUGGAGGAGGAGGGAAAAGAAGAGGAGGCUGAAGAAAAGGAGGAAGAGAAGACAGAUUCUGAGGAAGAAGAGGAGGAGGAAGCAGCAGUAGCAAAGGAAGCUGUGGAUGAGAAGGGAAAAGAAGAGGAGGCUGAAGAAAAGGAGAAAGAGGAAGCUGAUGCUGAGGUCGAAAAGGAAGAUGCUUCUAUCCCUGCUGAACCUUAUGAGGAGAAAGAAGAACAAGUCACUUCUAAAGAAGCUGAGGCAGCUGAUGAGGAGGAGGAGGACAAAAUUGAUGUAGAUAAAGAACCACCUGAAGAAGAAGAUGGAAAAGGAGAUACUCCUGCUGAUGAUAAAGAGAAAAAAGAACAAGUAGAUGACAUUACUGAUGAUGACCAAAGUGAGGAGAAAGGUGAUGACGAUGAGGUCAAAGAUGCUGAUAUUGCCAUUGCUCUUGGUAUUGUAGCUGAUACUGGUGCUACAGUCACUGAUGUUAAAGCACAAGAAACUGGUGAGGAACCUAUACUUCUUAAAGCUGAUGGUGAUUCAAAGCUAUUAACAACCUUAGAGGAGAGUGCUGCUACAGCUGAUGAUGCAGUAACUGAUUUAGCUGACUCACAAGAUGGCUUAGCCGCAACUGAUAUCCCAUAUGAUGACCAUGAUGAUAAGAUAGCAAAAGAUCUAGCUGAGGAUCAUGGUGAGGUAACAGAAGACAGUCUUAAAGAUGAGACUGGUGCUGGACUAAAAGACGCUGAUUCUGAAAAAGAUAUAACAAGUGAGGGUGAGGGUGUUAUUGAGAAGCCUGAGCUAGCUGAUGAUGUUGCAGAUAAGGAAGAGCAGGAGGGAAAAGAGGAGGGAGAAGAACAGAUAAGGGGUGAAGAUGAGGAAGGUGAUGAUGCUAUUAUAGUAACAACACCUGUAGUUAGUUCCGAACCAGGUGGAGAUGAGACAACAGUGGUGGCUGAUGAAGAUGAUGGCUCUUCACCUGAGAAAGACAUAAGAACCCUGAAAGAAGAGGAGAAAGAUGAAAAGGAUGAAAGCGCAGAGAAAGUGGAAAAUUGAAGAAAAAG